AUGCCACCACCACGCGAGCCUGCCGCUGCCGAGACCCCUCCCUCUCCGGAACUCCUCUCUCACCUCCAGACCGUACUCCAAGACCUCUCGCAAAAUCCAUACCCCUACGUCGAGAACCCGCCGAAUUGCAAGAAGCGCGCAUCCGUAGCGCUUAUCAUUCGCGUCCAACCGCGCUAUUCGCACUGGCCGGACAAGCAGAACAGAGCCCAAUGGAGCGGCAGGGGUGAGGACGAGUCGGUCGACAGCAGGCUUGACAGGUUCUUCGCGCAGGGCUGGGUGCAGCAUGGCGACCCGGAGGUGCUGUUCAUUAAGCGCGCGCACCGUCCGGGCGACAGGUGGACCAGUCACGUCGCCCUGCCCGGCGGCCGCAGAGACCCUGAGGACGCCGACGACCGCGCCGCCGCCGUGAGGGAGACUGAGGAGGAGGUGGGCAUCGAGCUGACCGACGACAACUCGAUUCCCGUGGGCAACCUGCCCGAGCGCGUCGUCACGACGUCGUGGGGGAAAGUACCACUCAUGGUUCUCUGCCCGUACAUUUACCUCCUCACCGACCCCGAGCCUCCGGCCCUCCGCCUGCAGCCCGCCGAGGUCGGGUCCUGCCAUUGGGUCUCGAUGCGCGCUCUGCUCUCCCCGACACAACGCACAUACUGGCACGAAGACGUGUCCAACCGCCUCGCCAAGCAAGAAGUCGGCAUAAAGCGCUGGUUCCUGCGCGCGAUGCUGGGCAAGAUGAUCUUCGCCGCCAUCCGGCUGAUCCCCUCGCAGAGCGAGUACUGCAGUACCAUCCCUGGCUUCGUGCCGGAAGACGGCGGCGACGAGCAGCACAGCGGCCGGUCUGUGUCCGCCCAACUAUCGAAUUGGUGGAACGGCAGCAGUGUGCAGCCGUCGGCCAGCACGGACACCCCCUUGCUUCUCUGGGGGCUCACGCUCGGCAUCAUGGCCGACUUCCUCGACCUGAUUCCGCCCUACAACGCCGUCCGCCUGUGGACUUAUCCGACCUUUACGCCCCUCGACGUGCGCUUCCUGCUCUGGGCCACGUCGUACUCCUUCCGCAAGCGCAAGGAGAAGGUCUUGGCCGAGCACCACAACGGCAUCCAGGCCCCCAUCACCGUCGAGGAGGGCUUGGACAGCGUCGAGGCCCGCCCGCCCGCGAACGGCAAGAUAGAUCCGCCGGAAUCGGGUAUCAGCGGUUUGGGCGUAGAGCGGUACUACAGCAGGCUCGGGCAGAAGAACCCCGCGACCAGGUCGUCGGCGGUGGGCAUCCUGCUCGAGGGUUACUACGACAUCGUGCGGAAGACAGUCGCAUUAGCACUGACUGCGAGAGUCUCUGUGUUUGCGGCUGUAGUUGCUACGUUAGUAGUAAAGUAUAGACGACUGAGAUGA